UUGGUGGCCCUGUCAGGCAGGGGGGUUGGAACUACAUGAUCCUUGAGGUCCCUUCCAACCCAGGUCAUUCUGUGAUUCUGUUGUUCCAUUGAAUCCCUGCACAUCUCUGGAAGUCUGUGUGCCUUUGUUAGUUUCCCCUUGUGCAUCCAAGGAUCUGAUGGCUCUGAUAUGUUACUGAAUGGCUGUCUUGCUUUAAAACAGUACAACACCUUGCAAAGAGACUGUGCUGUUGUACAUUGGAUGAGGAAGCUUCUUGAAUUUAACAUGGCCCUGUUCACCAGAAGCCACAAGGUGGCAUAUCCUCAUGUGUCUUAAGCAGGUCUCAGAGUCCGUUUCAAAAGAGGGAUGUGCUUUCUUGGGUAUUUGUUUUCUGGUCUUAACAUUCAUAGUAUGUCAUGUUUCUUUUUUUGAGAAUAAUUUUUUCCUUCAUCUUUACAGCUAAAACCUUCCUGCUGACAACAGAGAAGGCAGAACAAUGGGAGUGACUAAUCUGUGGCAAAUCCUGGAGCCUGUGAGGCAGCCUGUAAGCUUGAGUAGUCUCAAAGGAAAGACACUUGCUGUUGAUUUAAGCCUGUGGGUUUGUGAAGCACAGACAGUUAAAAAGAUGAUCGGAGUAGUUACCAAACCGCAUCUGAGAAAUCUAUUUUUUCGGUACUCUUUUUUCACAUCGAUGGGGAUUAAACUGGUGUUUGUCAUGGAAGGUGAGGCACCCAAGCUGAAGGCAGACACCAUGAGUAAGAGAAAUGAGCUACGAUAUGGAGCUUCCACCAAACAUGGGGCUACAAGAACAGGGAGAUCUGUUUUUAAAUCCAUUUUAAAAGAGUGCCUCCAGCUGCUGGAAUGUUUAGGUGUUCCAUGGGUUCAAGCGGCUGGGGAAGCAGAAGCAAUGUGUGCUUACCUGAAUGCAAAAGGCCAUGUCGAUGGGUGCAUUACCAACGAUGGAGAUGUUUUCUUAUACGGAGCUCAGACAGUUUAUAGGAACUUUGCCAUGAGUUCUAAGGAGCCACAUCUUGACUGCUACACAAUGUCCUCUAUUAAGGAGAAGCUUGGUUGCGAUAGAGAGUCUCUGAUUGGACUAGCUGUUCUUCUGGGUUGUGAUUAUCUUCCAAAGGGCAUUCCAGGAGUUGGAAAAGAACAAGCUUUGAAAUUAAUUGAGUCUUUGAGAGGUCAAAAUUUACUGCAGAGGUUUGAGCAAUGGAAAGAACAAUCUGGGCAUGAUAGUAAUCCAUCUUUGGUUGUUAAAAGAGUAGUGCACUGUUCUGAGUGCCAUCAUCCAGGAUCACACAAGGAACAUGAGCACAGUGGAUGUAAAUUCUGUGGAAGCACCAGAUACUGCAAACCCAAUGACUCCAAAUACUGCUGCCCUUGUGAAUGGCAUCAGUUAGAGCAAGUGAAACAAGCAAGUGCAGUGGAGGACAAUAUCAGAAAAAAAGCUAACAGUUGUGAAGGCUUUCCAUUCUCUGAGGUUAUCCAAGAAUUUCUUGUAAACAAGAAUAAACUGAACAAGACAGUGGAAUGCAGAAGGCCAAAUUUAUUGUCAUUUCAGAUAUUUGCUUCUGAGAAGAUGGAAUGGGAAAAGCAUUAUGCUUGUAAGAAACUGUUAGUGCUCUUGACGCGUUAUGAUAUGAUCCAGAGAAAAUUUGGAUAUAUUGAUUCAAAGCAACUGCAGGCAAUACGUAUAGUCAAGACACGUGUCAAAAAUGGAAUUCCCUGUUUUGAAAUUGAGUGGCAAAAACCAGAGCACUAUGUUGAUGCAGAAGAUGAGCCUGUGGAGUUGUAUGUAGUUACAAUAGAAGAACAGUCUUUGUUUCAGGCUGCUUAUCCAGAUGUUGUGGCUCUUUACCAAAUGGAAAAGUCAGAAGCUCUGGCAAAGAAGCAGAAAAACAAGAAAAACAGACCAGAAGAAAAGGAGUUGUCAGAUGCUUAUGGUGAUGUUACCAGUCUUCUGUCUCAAAUGAAUUUAAAGUCUGCGCAUGUAACUAUUCCUGUGCCAGACCACACAUCUGAUGGAAAAACUCCACCUGAAUAUCAGAUAUGCCAGAGAAGCAUGGAAUCAAAAGUGUCAUCCUCUGUAACAGCUGAUCUACAACUGAGCAGUAUUGAAAGGAAAGGAAACUUCUUCAACACUUCACCAACCCAUGGAUGUAAUAAUACCUGUGAUCCAGUAUCUGACUUGACUGUGUGCAUAGCACACUCGUAUCCACUACAUUGUGAAACAGUGAAAAAUAGCUCAGAAUGUUCUGGUUCUGAGCCGUCAGGUCAAGAUCAUUCUGAUAGUGCAGAUGAUUUGCUUUCAGAUGGCCAUAUGGAACAACUUCAAGAGUUGUCUUUAAGUGAGCGUAUACUUAAGAAGACUUCUGUUCCACCAAAGCCUAUGCUGCCAAAAGAUGUAAUGCAACAGGAGCCUUUCAGACAUUUUAAACACACAGAAGCAGCACUGAAACGUGAUAAAGAUUGUCUCACUUCCUCGUGUCAGUUAAAUAAACUAGUGCGAGACACUAAAAAUGUGCUACCAGAAAUCUGUGCAAGUGAAUCCAGUGCACCUGUUUCUCAAGAAGGUGGCACCCUGUGUGAAAUGAUGCAGAAAGUCCAUAAUAUAAGUUGUUCAACAUCUCUAGUCCCCAGUGGGCAAACAACAGAGCUGUUGCAUACUGUGUGUGAAGUGCCUCAAAAGCCAGCAAAUGUUCCUGUCAGUAACAUUACAAAAACUUGUACUCAAACUGCUUGGAAAACUUCUUUUAAGAGUGUGUGUCAGAGCAAAUGCUCUUCUAGCGAAGACAGUGAUGAUGGGACCGUCAAUAAAAAUCCAAUUUGUAAGCAGAAGAAAAGACAACUGAACCCUGGCCAGUUUAAAAAGACUUUUACAAAGAAAAGGUAUGACGCUGCUAGUAGCAGAAGUACAAGCAGUGACUCGGCACUUGUAAUUAAAGGGAGGGAGAAAAUCACCAAUUUUAAGCAAGUUGGUGGGAAUUCAUCAUUGGAAUUAUCUCCAAAAGAUUCCUCUGUAGUUGAAGUUGACUGUUCCCAACAUUCAGGAAAGCUGUUUCAGAGCACGGGUUCCAGUCCUGCACAAGUUGACAGUGAUGUUCUGAUUUCUGGGUGGGAAGACAGUCCUCUUCCCCUGGCUGAAAGAAUAAAAAGAAGACUCAAAAGCAAUUAGGUUGCCCAUAAAAUAAUUAUGGUAACAAUUAAGUCUGAAACUUCACUUCUUAUAGAACUCUUUUUCAGUGUUUCUUCUGUGCUAUGUUGAUUGAAGUGUGAACAUGAUGAAUAAGAAGGGUGGCGAAAUACAUUACACUGAUGCUAAAGUUUGCAACUAAUAUGUUGACAAAUACUAAGUCAGGCAUUAUAGGCGAAUGCCAAUUAUUCUGGGCUUAAUUAUGUUCUGAAUGUGUAAACAGCAGACUAUGGUAUACAAGGGAGCAUGGUUGGUACUUUUGAAUUAUGAAGUCUUUUUUUUUACCUGCCAGCUUGUUAAAGCUAUUAGUCCUUCUGCUUAUACAAAUAGACUUACUUAAAAGCAGUAAGUAUGGGAUGCUGGAUGUGUUGAUUAUCCCUAACGGGUCCAAUAGAGACAUGCAGCGGAUGUACAUUUGAGCAUAGCUUAAUUUAUAACAUGCUGUGCCCUGUAAUAAACCUUUGAAUGUUUGUACCUUCCACGUGGAAUAAGCCAUAUAAGGAUAUUCUGGUUUUGUAGCUGUCACUUGUGCUAUUAAAGAAAAUUCAAUGGCUGUUUUAAACACAGGUUUAUGUUAGGGCAUUCAUUAAAAGGUCAGUUAUUUCUUACAAAGGCAGAAACAUCAGAAGUUAGGAAGCUAAACUCUGAUUGUGUUUAAAGAAGAAAUAGUAAAUGCAAUCUGCAAUGAGUGAAAAUGGUAACUUCUUAGCUUGCCGACUGGCAGGUAGAGAAAGCUGAUUCGUAGUAAACUUUCUAAAUGAGAAAUGAGUUACAUAGAUGAGCAAGAAUUCCAAAACUAUUGGAGGUGUUUUCAGUUUUGAAGAUGGUUUCUUUCUGGAGGCUCACCACCCAGAUGGCGUGAGCAUAUAGCUGAAAGAACAGAAACGCUAUGGAGAAUCAGAGAAGCAGUCACCCACCAAACAGAAAGGGGAAGAUUCCAGAUGCUGCAGUCAGCGGUGGAUGCAUUUUGUGUAUGUGUGUGCAGAGGAACGCUUGUUUAUGUUUGACUCUUUUUUUCUUUCUUGCUGCUGAUUUUUGAAUGCCAAAGGUUGUAAUCAGUAGCUUGAAUUUUCAUGAAUAAAAAUAUCAGCACUGUACAACCAU